AUGGCGGGUAAGGAAUGGUUGACGGGAUUUUUAAAACGACACCCGAGCCUGUCUUUGAGAUGUCCUCAAGCAACAAGUCUGUCGCGGGCUUCAAGUUUCAACGAGCAUAAUGUGAGUAAAUUUUUUGAUAACUUUGCUGAGGUAAUGGAUAGGUACCAAUUGGAGCCAAAAGAUAUCUGGAAUAUAGACGAGACAGGUGUGAGCACUGUCCAAAAACCUAGCAAAAUUGUAGCUCAAAAAGGAAAUAAACAUGUGGGUGCAGUAACCUCAGCAGAGCGUGGAAGAUUAGUAACUGUUGCUGUUGCCAUCAAUGCUCAAGGAGGACACAUCCCGCCUUUUUUCGUAUUCUCACUGAAACGAUUCCAAGACCACAUGAUACGCGAGGGUCCUGUUGGUUGUGCUGGAGCUGGCAAUGCUAGUGGAUAG